CAGAGGAUUUAUUUUUUAUUGCUCGGAAGGGUUUCGGUGAGAGGGUCUUGCAUAUUGAUGCUUUGAGGGGGUCUGUUUUCCUUUCGAUGAAGGUUUAGGUGAUAGAGGUGAAAAAGCCAUGCUUUUCUGCUUCUGAUCCUCAGACUUUUAGUUUCUUCUGGGAUUGAGAGGGUCAGGGAAUGGGGAGGAAGUAGCGAUGGACAUGGCAAAGCAUGUGGAUAACCGACAUUCCAGACAAGAAAACAUCAUCGACAUUGUAGAAAGGUUCCUGUGUUGCUCUUGCUUUCGGACUGUUGAAAACGACUGCUUGGAGUACAAUCAGGAAAAGCCACAAAAUCCCAAGCCUGUCGUGGAUGAGGAGAACGUCCAUGUCGUUGUUGAAGAUUUGGGAAUAGACAACCCUGGAUUUAGCCUUGCUGAAGUUAAGCGCUACGGGCCACCUCAACAGAUCACCAUUGGCCGCUCUGCUAGUUCUGUGUCCGUGUGCCAAAGAGCAGCGCUAAAGAAGAAGCUUGCACCACUUUCCUCUUUACCAUUUCAGUGCAGAGUGAUCCAGAACAAUGAGGAUGACUCUGCUGUUGACUCUCUUCUGUAUGGUUCUGGCAGCAUUAAUGUUGAAGAUGGUGGUCUUCUCACACCACCAGUCAUUAACCUCAUACCUCCGACACCUUCCGACGUAAUAGAUGACGACCAGUUCUUCGACAUAAACUCGGAAGAAGAAAGUCUGCAGCAAACUUCAGGCAGUGAAGGAGUGGACAGUAUCGGCAGUGCUGCUACAGGAGAGCAGGAAAGGGAGGAAGAUGUAGACCAAGACGUGGAGUUUGAAGGUAACCGUGAGACCAAAACUCAAGAACAUCCACAGGUGGAGCCUCAAGAGGAAGACACGACCAAGAAGAACAGCGUGGACAAGUCUACAAUUCACUUCCUGCGCAGCUCCUUUCAAGUACCCCCACUUCCUGAAUACCCACGGAAAAGAAGCCUCAAUACUGGAAUCAGUUUGCUGCAGUUUACUGAACAUAAUCUGGAUGACCUGAGCAACAAGGAUGCCAGCAGCCAUGAGUUGCUAAAGGAAGAGUUGAGGCUACUACCGCUGAGCAGUAAGAUAAGCAUGCUAACACACCAAAAGAAACUAGCCACUAGGUACUGUAGUUUGGACAAUACAGUGUCGAGAUGUCACACCUUUCACUCCACAUGCCAAGGGCAAAAUGAAAUUCUUGAAGAUGAUGAAUCCCCACGUCAAAGAAGGAUAACUGUUGCAUCCUACAUUCCCCAGUCAAUGGACCACACCGGAGAAAGUGCAGUGAAGCAGGAUUCUAAUGGGUACAGUGCCAAAACUUUAGCAGGGCUGAACACGGAGGAGGUAUGCCAGUGGUUUAGUAAUAUUGGUCUACAGAAAUGCCUGCCCUUCAUUAGAGAGGCAGAGUUCAGUGGAUCUCAAAUCGCUUCUAUUGAUCUCCACACCCUUGAAAUCCUUCAAUUGUCCAAUCUGGAGGAGAGAGAGAGGCUGCUGUCUGCCAUCUACCAUGAGUUACACCCACCGAACGCCACCACCCAAAGACUCAACUCCCUCCUGGAAAGGUUUGGUCCACACAAUGUUGAGAAAUUCACAGCGGCUUUGGUGUCCAUGACCAAGUCAAAAUCUUCUCCUCAAGUAAGCAGCAUCAAUAUGAACCGAUGCUCAUUCAAAUUCAGACAGAAAGAGCAAAAUGCUAGAUUUCAGAAGAACUCACAUCUCAUUGAAAUCACAGUCAAUGCAUCAGAACGUACUGUUCACUUAAGGACACCCAAAGACACAAGUGUGGGAAAAGUAAUGGAGUCCUGCCUGAGGAUGCUGGGAAUUAAUGAAGACAAAGAUCACUUUAAAAUGAGAAGCAAUGAAGAUGAGUUCUCCCCUGAGCAGCCGAUUGGAGAUUUGCCUGGCUCAGAAACAAGACUAAUGGAGCUUCACUUAUGUAGGAAGAAAGACGGUCCUGGUUCCCCAAAUAACGUUUGUACCGCUGACGAUAUUCAGAGCAAGAAUCUGCUAAACAACACCGGCAAGAUUCGAGAGCUUAACCAACAGGUGGCCUCCCUUCAAAACGUCAUCAUACAGGUUCAGGAGCUUUACCAUGGACUGGUGGCCUUCUGUUCAGAGCUGAAGAAGAUGGAGGGGGACAUGGAUGCAGUGCAAACAGACAGCUUGGAAGUGAAGAGGCAUCUCAGUGAAGCCCAGGACAGUCUGAAGAGGAAGAGACAGAGCCUUCAAACACUCAGGGACAAUCUUAACACAGCACCAGUGCAGAAGAAUAAGCCUUCAGAGGUCCGACUACUGGAGAAGAUGAGGGGGAAUUGCCAGGUGUUUAAAGACGAGAUCACACUGGUCCACCUAAAUCGGCAGGUGGCUCACCUGCGUGAAGUUCUGGAGAAGACCCAGGCCAAGGAGAAAGCUGAAAGAAAGAGCCCUACUCUGACUCAGCUAGUCUCUUUGCAGUCUCCUGUCAUGCUGGUGGCCACCCAAGUGAAAGCAGACUCAGACGGUCAUUAUGGUUUCUCUGCACACUGGGUAGAGGGCCAGGGAUUGAUGGUGGUACACACUGAGGGUACUAGUCUCUGUCGGAAUGACAGGCUGGUGGAAGUAAACGGAGUGAGCGUCUUGGGGAGCAGUGAGGACGAGCUGGAGUUGCUGCUCAAGACACACAUUGCCCACAUCAUUGUCCUACGCCAACUGGCCCAGGAGCUUCCACAGGAAGACCCUUCUGGCCUGAAUGAUCACCAGGACAUGCAAGUGCUGCAGAAACACCAAGCAAUCUAAACCAACUAAACGCAGACUUC